GCAUGCUGGUAUUUAAAGAUCAUUUUUAUUUUGCUUUCUGUUUAAAAUUAUGCAAACUUCGUUGCUUUUUAAAUGGCUUUUAUACCUUUCUAUAUGUUAUUAUACAGACAUGUCAUGCCACAUCGAACAGUUGCAAGUGGUCAGUCAAAUAAUGUAUGCGUCUUAUGCGAUGAAUAUGUUUAUAAAAAUUGUAUAGUGGCCAGGACUGGAAUGGCUGCCCAUUCGUCCACUGCUUGGGAUAUGGUUAAGGUUGAAAGACUCACAGUUGGCGAACAGCAUGAAAGUCAAUUUAACAAAUGCGUUAAGGGCUAUAAAAUAACCGAUGAUUUAAAUAAAUUUGUUUGCUUUUGGUCUGCCGAACUGGGCUGCCAAGCAAUCGCAAAUAGUACACAAUUGAGCAAUACAGAAUCAAUUUGCAAGGCGUGUGCCAAGCACUGCGGCUGCGAGCUGUCCAGUUCAGCCUUACCUGGCAUCGAUGCUGUGCUAAUAUUAACCAUAUGCCUUGACCUGAUCAUUAUAACUUUGUCGUAACUUAAUUAAAAAUAUAUGAGAAAUACAAAAAGUUA